AUGACCUGGAGUAAGAAGAGAAAGCAUACCGACGACGAUCCGGUAGCCGAAGAUUCGGCUACCUCUGGGUUUGGGGUGGCCGAGACCUUGUCACGGCUCCAGGGUGCCGAUGCUUCCACCGACGAUUCUACGACAAUUCCCGAUACCGCGCAGAGCUCUAUGACGAAGGAAACUCAGCCGAAGAAGAAGAAGAGGGUCGACGGCGAGAAGACCAAAUACCCCGUUUUGAACUACGUCCAUGGCAAGAUGCAAUCGUCAAUCCGCAUUGCCGACCUGCAAGGUCUGCUGCUGUAUUGCUUUGCCGAUGGGAUUGCGCCCCAGUGGAUCUCGGUCAAGCACUCUGGUCAUGUACGCAAGGUCGCUGUCCUCAUGGUGCCUGGACUCGAGAUGGGUAUGUUCGAUGGGACUAUCCCCCUUGAACCGCAUGCGACGGGCGAGAAGGAAAACACCGCGCUUGCGGCCGGUACCGACAAGCCAGAAGACCCAAGCGCCUCGCAGGAAGAUAGCAGGGCCGCCGAUUUUCAGCGAUGGAAACAGGGCUUGCCCCUUGAAGACCGUUCGCACCGUUUCAAUCCGCAGCCUCUAGUGCGCGAUACACUACCCGGGCCCCUGCAGCGACUGGCCGAUAUGUUCCCUCAUAUAUGGCCAGUGAGGGCCCCGGGCGAUUCCAAAUAUAACAAGGUUCAUUCGCCACUGCAGGCGAUCCUGCUUUCGUCAUUGCCAAAGUCCAAUGGGGAAAGUCGGCGCAAGGGCGCUCGGCCUCCGCGGGUCGACAAGAGUCUUGUCUUUAAGCGGACUCCUAUUACAACUUUUGUUGGUUCGCUAGAGGAACUCCGCGAAAACGAAUAUACCAUGCACCCUGCUUUUUUCACAUCGGAAUCCCAGAAGGCCGCCGAGCUUGACAUCCGUCGACGUACUGGGACCUCUUCAGAUGACGGUUGGGUCGAUACGCACGUUCCCAGCCUGGAGGCUGGAGAUGUACCCGAUGCUGAAAUUGAAAAGGGUAGCAUGACAGCUGGGCGUGAUGUGCUGGCUGUUGAUUGUGAGAUGUGCAUCACGGAAGGUGGCCAGUCAGAGCUCACUCGCGUUAGCAUGAUUCGCUGGGAUGGCGAAGUGGUUCUGGACGAACUGGUCAAACCGCCACGACAUGUGAUCGACUACCUUACUCGCUUCUCGGGCAUCACGAAGGAGAUGCUGGAUCCAGUAACGACCACACUUGCGGACAUCCAGAAACGCCUACUGUCUAUCCUAACACCACGGGCCAUUCUGGUCGGACACUCCCUCAACUCCGAUCUCACUGCACUCAAGAUCACUCAUCCGUUCAUUGUCGAUACAGCCAUCAUCUACCCGCAUCCCCGCGGUCCACCGCUCAAAUGCAGCCUGAAAUGGCUUACGCAAAAAUACAUAGGCAAGGAGAUUCAAAAAGGCAUGACUGGUCACGACUCGAUCGAAGAUUCGCGUGCCGUGCUUGAACUUGUGAAGCAAAAAUGCGAGAAAGGCGAGAAUUGGGGCACCAGCGACGCCUCGAACGAAAGUAUUUUCCGCCGACUAUCGCGUUCGAUCCGGUCCAACAAAGGAUCUAUUCCUGGUGAAGGGCGCACCGGCGCCGUUGUUGACUGGGGCAACCCCGAACGCGGAUUCGGGUCGCAGGCGACCGUCUCGAUUGGGUGCAAGGACGACGGGGCCGUGGUCGACGGUAUCUCUGCCACCAUCAACGGUGAUGAAUCUAAUCCGUCUAUCCCGGGCGGCGGCGUGGACUUUGUCUGGGCUCGUUUCCGCGAGCUUGAACUCCUUCGUGGGUGGUGCAACCGCCUUCCUGAUCCUAACAAUGCCAAUCAAUCUACCACCCUGGUCCCGCCUCCAGAAGAAACCACUCCCACGACGACCACCGGUGCCAGUGGGGAAUCCACGGCACCGGAUACAGAUGCUUCCCUUAGGGAGACUGUCACUCAGACCAUCGCCAAUAUCUCUCGUGUCUAUGAAUCAUUGCCGCCCUGCACCCUGUUCAUGGUUUACUCUGGCACCGGCGACCCCCGCGAGGUGAGCCGUUUACAAGCCAUGCACAGGCAGUAUCGCGAGGAGUUCAAUGCUCGCAAGCCCUGGGAUGAAUUGAGUGUGAAAUGGACCGAUGUCGAGGAACAGGCUUUGAAGAAAGCUUGCGAGCGGGCUCGCGAGGGCUGUGGUUUCAUGUGUGUUAGAUAA